GUAUUUUAUUUAAAUUCGUAUAAUUUAUAUUUAAUAACAUUUGGUGAAAUAUUGAAUCUAAUCUUCUCAUCCCUCGCGCCAUCGGAGGUGGUGAAUACACCCGAUUUCCUUAUGUCAAUGGCAUACAGUGGUUUCGUGAUGAAUGCGUGUUGGAAAGUUUUUAUGAUAUGGCAUAAGCGACCGCUAAUCGAUAAUUUCAUUCGUGAUUUACGGGCAAUAUUUCCGCAUGAAGAGGAAUCGCAGAGAUCAUAUCACGUGGAUUUUUAUUUAAGAAAGUGCCGUAGCCUAUCAAAAUUGAUGUCAUAUUGGUAUUUUCUUGCAAUUUGGUUUUUCAAUUUACUGGCCUUAAUGAAGUAUGAAGUUACAUCGAAAAUUCUGGAGGACCCACAACCCGUACAGGAGUUGCCAUAUUUUAUUUAUACACCAUGGAAUUGGCGAAAUCAUUGGUCAUAUUAUCUCCUAUAUGGGAUGACAAGUUUUGCAGGUCACACCUCAGCCAUGGGGACUUUGUCGAAUGAUUUGUUGCUGUAUGCUCUGAUAUCACAAAUAAUAAUGCAUUUUGAUUAUGUGGCUAAGAGCAUGAAGGGCUAUAAAAUAAAGGGGAGGGGUGAAGAAAUUUUUGGGGGAGUGAUGGAAAAUCGCAAAUCGGAUAUGGAGGUUGUGAAGUACUUCAUUGAGUAUCACAGUAAAUUGUUGAGCCUUUCAGAACGUUUGAAUGAUAUAUUUGGUUUGCUACUGUUCGUCCACUUCGCCUCAGCCUCGGUGGUAAUUUGCUUAGUGGGAUUUCUGAUGACAAUUGGCACCUCAUUCCUCAGCCUCUUCAAAUUGUUAAUUUUCCUGCUCACAAUGCUUAUUGAAUCGGCUUUGAUAUGUUACUCGGGGCAAGCUUUAAUGGAUGCGAGUCUCAAUGUAUCGACAGCAGUUUUCACUGGCGAUUGGUUGCGAAGUGAUGUUAAAUGCCAGAAAAUGUUGAUAUUAAUGUCAAAGCGUGCCCAGAGACCGGCCCAGCUGAAAGCUACCACUUUUAUAUGGAUUUCACAGGAAACAAUGGCGGUGCUUAUACAGAUGUCCUAUAAGUUUUUCGCAUUGUUGAGAACAAUGUAUGUAAAGAAAUAA